AUGCCUAGAGGCAACAAGUCCAAGGAAGAUCUCGAAAAAGAAGUCAAGACACUUCGAGACAGCGUGAACGCACUUCAAAGCUGGAAAGCCCAGAACCUAAAACACAAAACCGACAACGUGGAACUCAGAACUGUUCACCUGCGCCAGGAACAGAGAAUCAACGAGCUUCGUGGAGAGAUCGACACAUUGUCAAAGGAUAACGACACCCUUCGCGGCAAUCUUACUGCUUUAAAUGCGAAUGUGGAUCAGUGGGAGGAAUACUCGAACGAAAAACGAGACGAGCUUGCGAAGUUGAAUCUUUAUACAGACGAAUUUGAAACUCGUGUGAGCGAUCUCCAGGAGUGCAAUGAAGACCUUGAAGAUUGUCUCGUCACAAAGAAGAUCAAAUCUCAAGCUCUCAAGGCUGAACAUCAGGAACUCAAACGUAGCAACGAGGCUUUGUGGAAGACUAUCGAGUACCUUGACGAGGUAGUCGAGGAAGAUCAGAUCGAAGUUCUGCGUCUGCGUCAGGGAAUCCUGGCCCUCAAAGAGCACUGGGAAUCGAGUAUGCAGGAGUGA